CAACACAACCAUAACAAAACUUACAAAGCCUCAUCUUACAACCUCGAUCCCCUCCCAGUAAGAUGACUGAGUAUUGGGUUUCAAAACAAUCUUAUUACUGCAAGUACUGCGAUAUUUUCAUUCGAGACGACAAACCUUCGAGAGCUCAACACGAAAAUGGAUUACGGCAUAAAGGAAAUCUAGAAAGAUAUAUCCGAGACAUCUAUAAGAAAGAAGACCGAGCGAAGAAAGAACGAACCGAUGAAGCUAGCCAAGUUUCCAAGAUAGAAAAAGCCGCAAGACUAGCACAUCAACAGAAGGACUUGGCUCUCGUCGAAGGAGAAAAAGAAGUUAAAGAGGAAACUGAAGAAGGAGACGAGCCCCGAAAACGUCCGAAAUACGAUAAACAAGAUUGGAAGGGAGCCGAAGAUCUACAGAACUAUAGCGAUGCACGUAGUCUAGGCUUUAUUCCAGACACCGAUUCCGAAGCAGCAAGAGCCUUGAAAGAAGAAGAAGAAGCGGAAGCAGAAGCGCGAUCCAAGGAAGGCCGAAUGGGACAAUGGGAAGCGGUGCUCAAGAUACAACCGAGCAAUAGGGCCGGAUCGAGUGCAUCAACCCAAGCGCCGAUCAGCCGAGAAAAGAUCGUCUCUCAAUUAACCCAUGACCGGGAUCCGGACAACAAACCGAUCCGGAAACUGUUCAGUGAACGGAACUUGGAAGCAGAACCUGAUACAGAAAUCCUGGAAGGCAUGCAAAUCAAGGUCAAAGUAGACCGACGUGCGAAAGCUCAAGAGGAUCGAUCGUUAUCAGGCUCGAGAAUCCAUGGAUCAUUGCAGCCCAUUCGUCUCGAUGGCCUUCAAUCUAACCAGACCGAGCCUAUCAAAUCGGAAGAAUCUUCCCCUUCAGCUCCUGAUCCUUCCUUCAAGAACGACCUCGCUCAGGAAGUGGAGGAUGUGAAACCAGACGUCGAUGAUCUUAAGCUACCAACACCUCAACCUCCCGUAUUUUUCAAAAAACGGAAGGCUACUCAAGCUCAACCACGACAGAAGACAUGAACAUGUAAUAUAUACAAUCACCCACUUUUUAUCUCACAAUAACCCUGUUUUCUUCCCUUACCAGGUGUUUAAUCAUGCAUGUUUUUGAACAAGAUUGCGCGGCGUCAGUCAAAUGAUACCUGACAACACAGACAUUUCCAUCAUUUUACUUGAUUUCAUAUCAACAUUCACAGAUGUGUAAAAAUAAAUGCCAAGUGUGCACAUUGUUUUGCUAUGUACAGUCUGUUUGGGAACUCGGUUGAUCAGCUUGACUUGCCUAUAUCUAGCUGCAACCGUCAUCCAAGAUCACAUUGAUUAGAUGACAAACUUUUUACUUUCUGUGUGUUACAGGGAAAAGAUUUCAAGUACACCGUUCUGUUUUCAACAUGAGAUUCUGGCAUCUGGAAAGCGUAGGGCCAAAGAAUACCUUUGUUUCUGUAUUUUGGCAAAUAUAAGAAUGAUAAAACAAAACAGAAUGAAGUAGCCCUCUUUGGUUAAUUC